AACCACCAUUAUUAAUUUUUAUUGAUUGUCUUUCCUACUCUCUCUAUCACUCUCUAUCUCUCUCUCUCAUGUCUGUUAGUAAUACUCCAUCAAAAGAGAAGGCUUCAUUAUUCAAUGCUGACCUCUUCUCCUCACCAGCCACUGGCCUAUCUUCACUAGGAUUCGGGGAUGACAUAUUUUCAGGUGGUAGUCCAUUCACAUUAGCUCCUGCAGCUCCAGCAGUACCUUCAGUAGCCACACCCUCCUCUAAUGAAGGUGGCGGAGCUACCCCUCCCUCUAAAUCAGACGAGACCCUUCACACAGUGCCAUUGGAUAGUCCUACAUUAGCUGAGGAAGAGGACAGUAGGCGUGGUCAGACCACUAGUCUUCCAUUACUGAGUGUUCCAGGUAGUGUGGCAGGAUGGAACGAUCCUCCUUUUCUCUCGUCUCUCUCAGCCCCGCCCCCUCCCUCUCGUACAGUCAGUACUCCGUUAUCAGGUGGAGACUUUCACGUACAACCUUUAGUUGAUAACAGGAGGAGUGAGUCCCCUCGUCCUUCUCCAGCCCCUCCCACUGGUUCUUCUAAUCCGUAUCGUUUAGGAGUGGGCGGGGCUGCCUCCAGUAAAAGACCUGUCUAUACACAGAACAUGAUUCCACCUACUAGCGGAUCUCAAGCUCCACCCAUUGCUCCACCCACCACUGGCCCAUUGACUUAUGCUCCACCUACUAACCCUCAGAUAGUAGCCCCGCCUACUUAUUCUCAAGCUCCACCCACUUAUUCUCAGGCUCCACCCACUCAAUCGCAAGCCCCAUCCCUUACAGUAGAGAAACCAUCUAUAAUUCCUGUUCAAGCUCAUUGGUUCUAUCUGAAGGAAGGACAGGAGUACUGGUAUCCUUUCUCUUUGAUUGAUUCGUCUAAACUUGAAGAGAUAUACAUCAGAUUAGAAACUGAUCCAUCAUUUAAUAGUGUUGUUCAAACUGAUGGAGGUAGAUAUGAUGUUGAUGUCAGUAAGAGACAGAGAGCAGCUGUUUAUUGGGAUGAACCGCCAGGAUUGGUUAGGAGGUGCACCUGGUUCUAUAAAGGUGAUGAUGAUCGCUGGUAUAAGCCAUACAUUGAAGAUAUUGCUAUAAAAUUAGAAACUGCAUUCACAGAAGCUGUAAUGCAAGGUAACUGGAACUGUCGUGUUGACUUGCCUGAAGGUGAAGCAGUUGUUAUAAAUUCACCAACUGCCAUCGCUCAUUAUCCUGCCCAUCAAGUGCAGACACUGAACUAUGAGAUUGAUUACAAGCCUAAAGCUGUACUGAGAGGAUUCCUAGAGAGAGAUAAAGUUCAAAUGGGUGAAGAUAAGAACAUUGAUCAUUUGGUUUUUGUUGUUCAUGGCAUUGGACCUUUUGCUGACAUUAGACUCGACUCAUUUAGGAGCCUCAUUGAUUGUGUUGAUGACUUCAGAGAGGUGUCAUUAUUAUUACUGAGGUCUCAUGAUGUUUCUGGUAGGGGGGCGGGGGGACAAGGGAGGGUGGAGUUCCUGCCUGUACAGUGGCACUCGGCUCUACAUGGGGAUGACACUGGAGUUGACAAACAAGUGAAGUCCAUUUCUUUGCCAAGUAUCAGUAAAUUAAGGGAUUUCACUAACUCAACUUUGAUUGAUAUAUUAUUCUAUACCAGCCCACUUUACCUGCAGACUAUUAUUGAUCAAGUGUCCUCGGAGAUGAAUCGAAUGUAUGCUUUAUUUAAGGAGAGGAAUCCAUCAUUCAGUGGCUCUGUGGGAGUGAUGGGACACUCACUGGGGUCUUGUAUCCUCUUUGACUUACUCUAUCAUCAAAAAGUUGAUGGAGGUGUGUCAAUGGGUGUGGUCAAAGACCCAGUUCCACAGUCACUACCAGUAACUGAAAGUACUGACUCGUUAGAGAAACAAGAAGAGAAGGAGAAAGAGGAGGAAGAGGAUGCUCCUGCUGUGUCAGACAUUUUGAAUCAGUUAGGACUACCUCAGCUUAUUGAGAAAUUUGAAAGUGAAAUGAUCGACUUCAACACUUUUAUAUUGUGUAAUAAUGAAGACCUGAAGGAGAUUGGUGUACCUCUUGGGGGAAGAAAGAAAAUAACUAGUUACAUUGAUGAAUGGAACAAGAAGAAAGAACAGGAACAGGAAAGGAAAGUCAAAGAAGCUGAAGAGAGAUUACGAGAGGAGGAGCUUAAGAAGUCAUUGGCAGCUGAUGGAGCUUGUGUGGGUGGAGUUACUGAAACUGUAACUUACGUUAAAGGAACAGCUGGAACAGGUCAACCUCUUGUUAAUUAUCCUUUAUUGAAUUUCAAUCCUUCGUCACUCUUUGCUGUUGGAUCACCUAUUGGACUAUUUCUAACACUUAGAGGUGUAGAGUCCCUAGGUCCUGAGUAUCAACUCCCAACCUGUUCCUCAGUUUAUAAUAUAUUCCAUCCAUAUGAUCCUGUGGCCUAUAGACUGGAGCCAUUGUUAGUAUCACAAGCUCCUCUUAAAGCAGCUCUGUUGCCUCACCAUAAAGGAAGGAAGAGGUUUCAUUUAGAAUUAUAUGAGAAUAUAGAGAGAGUUGGCCAGUCUGUGAAGUAUCAUUUGGUUGAGGGAAUUCGUAACAUGGGCAUCAGUGAAUGA